UGACAAAACGAUAUUCCAACGCUGAGAAACUUCAACAAAUCUGCACAGAAGGUAGAGUUUACGGGAGGAGACGCUGAAUUAGCACCAUUUUCACACAAAUACACGUUAUAAAUACACGUUAAGGUAGAGUUUACGGGAGGAGACGCUGAGUUAGCACCAUUUUCACACAAAUACACGUUAUAAAUACACGUUAAGGUAGAGUUUACGGGAGGAGACGCUGAGUUAGCACCAUUUUCACGUAAAUACACGUUAUAAAUACACGUUAAGGUAGAGUUUACGGGAGGAGACGCUGAGUUAGCACCAUUUUCACGUAAAUACACGUUAUAAAUACACGUUAAGGUAGAGUUUACGGGAGGAGACGCUGAGUUAGCACCAUUUUCACGUAAAUACACGUUAUUAACAACUACAAACGAUAUAUUUUCGUUAUGUUCUUUCACUCGUGUUUUCAGUGACAGACCACAUGACCUUUUAAAGCAACAUUAUUCUGUUACAUUUGGACUAAAUCCUCUCCUGAGCAUGCCGAACUCUUAUAUCACAGCUCAAAUCCAGGUUUAGUUGUUGUGUUCCUGGUUGGUUCAGUUUAAAGUUUAAGUUUAGUCGUCAUUUACAGAUCAGACAUGGCCAGCAGCAGCAGCAGCAGCAGCAGCGCUGUUAACAUGGAUCCAGAUGUUGCUCUGAGGCUGUUUGAGGAGGGAGCCACCCUGGUGCUGCUGGGUGUCCCUAAGGGCACAGAGCUGGGGAUCGACUGCAAGAGUUGGCAGGUGGGUCCUCUCUUCCGGGGAGUAAAGAUGAUCCCUCCAGGCCUGCACUUCCUACACUACAGCUCUGUGAACUCACCGACAUGUGGAAAUGAAAUCGGCCCAAAGACGGGCGUCUUCCUUAAUCUCAAACCCAGAGAGAUCCUGUUGGCUAACUGGGACCCCAAAGAGGAAGAUCUGGAUUUCUCAGCCUCUAAGAACCAAGAGGAGGUGAGUCGCAUCCGGGCGACCUUACAAGAGCUGGAUCCAUACCUGGGUCCUUAUCCAUAUGAGGUGAUGAGGAAGUGGGUGUCCCUCACUGACCACCUCAGUGAGGAGCUGGCCAAUAAACUGCAGCCUUUGUCUGGCAGAAUAUGUGCCUACUGUGACGUCAUCCCCGAGAUUGAGUUCAGACACACCGAAGACAGAGCAGAGCAGCCGGUGAACGACACGGUCUGUCAGAGCAUGAAGGAGGGACUGAACAAGCUGCCCAAGAUGAAACUGAGGGAGGGGACAGAGUUACGCUUCUCUGUCAUCCCCGAGAAGACCUACCCAGCCGGGGCGACACCAGCGGAGAUCACCCAGUGCAGUAUGGACCUGAGCUAUGCUCUGGAGACUGUACUGAAGAACUAUGAGCUUCAGCCUCUCCACAUUCUAGGUGAGCUGCAGUUCGCCUUUGUUUGUUUCCUCCUCGGAAACGUGUACGAGGGCUUCGAGCACUGGAAGCGCCUGCUGGCUCUGCUGUGUCGCUCAGAGGAGACCAUGGGGAAACGGAAGCAGCUCUUCCUGGACCUCAUCACCGUGCUCUACCACCAGCUGGGAGAAAUCCCCCCCGACUUCUUUGUGGACAUCGUGUCACAGGACAACUUCCUCACCUCCACGCUGCAGGACUUCUUCCAGUUUGCCAGUGGACCUGGUGUCGACGUGACGCUGCGUAAGCGAGCGGAGAAGUUCAAAGCUCACCUGACCAAGAAGUUUCGCUGGGACUUUGAUGCAGACUUGGACGACUGUGCUCCGGUGGUGGUGGAGCUGCCUGAGGAUGUCACAAUGGACUGAAACUGCCACUAACUACUGGACUUAAGGGUCAAACUGGGUGGAUUCAAGCAGAGGAAGUCACUGAUGCUGGAGAACUGUAAUGGUUGAUAUCUUCAAGUACAUGGAGGAACAAAACCUUUUAUUUUUGUUUGUUUUUUUAGCAUAAAACAGUCUAUACUAUAUGUGAUCACAUGAUAGACAUCUAAGAUGUGUUUUAACGUCCACUUGUGAUCAGAUCUAUCAGUAUGGAUGUGAUUGACACCUUAAAGGGACAGUUCAGGCUUUUUGAAGUGUUGCUGUAUGAGGUGCUUAGAAAUAGCCAGGUGAUGCAUCAUUGUCUUAAGAUGGCGUAAAUGUCUAAGAUCUGUCCCCUGGUCAGCCAAGUUGUCCUGAGCAAGCGUGUGUGUGUGUGUGUGUGUGUGUGUGUGUGCAGUUAGUGUAACAGCAGAUUUAACAUGUUGACACUUUUCUACGUGUUCUAGUGAUGGGCUCCCUCUGGUGUUGUCUGUCUGUCGUUGCUUGAUCAGUUUUAUGCUCAUACUCGUAAGACAAAAAAAAGAGCAGCGAGCGUAACAACUGUAAUGACUAUGAAGCCUCCUUCAUCGUGUCAGGUGACUUAAAUGAACUGUAAACCUGUGAUCUUUCAUUUUUAUACUUUAACAGAGAGUCAUGUGUAAAAGUAUUUUUCUGUCAUUUUAAAACCGGAAACAAGUUUCCUGUAUUUUCUGGACGUGUUACAAUAAAGUGAAUGAGAAAUAAUUAUAGCAUUGGCAAAACAAUAAAUCUAAUGGUGGCCGAAGACUCUUGCA